AAAGGGGGUUGCUAGACAGUUCGUCCAGUGUUGUGGAUCUUUGGAGUUACAGCACUGUGGUCGCCGCAGCAACUUUUUAACACAUUUUGGAUAAGGGUUUUUUGUUUUUGUUUCGCCCUACACACCACCGUUCUGAACUUCGUGUUACAGACUAACCCAAAACACCCUUGUUGAACAAAGCAGUACUCUUUUUUUUUUUUUUUUCCUUUUUUUUUUUUUUACGAACUUCAGAAAGGAAUUGCGCGGCGCCUCCGCUGAGUGCCCAGCCAUGGGUUUGAAAGCUAUAAUCUGUAUUGCUCUUACUCUCUCCGCUGUAACAGCUAUGCAGAGGAACGAGAGCAUUAUAAGAGGUUUUCCCAAAUUCACCAUGACAGCAACAGAUGAACCCAUCGAGUACUUUGAUGUGGAGUCUCGAAGUGAUUCUGAGGGAAGCGGCUCUGGGGAUGAACCUGUGCAUGACCCCAUUCAAAGAACUCGAGUUCACCGGAAUCGCACGAUAACCUUCAUCUCCGAUCGGACCAAGCAGUUCCUCACCGGCUCUUGGAUGACUGUUUUUAUUCCAUCAGUUUAUACCAUGGUGUUCACUUCCAGCCUGCUUCUGAAUGGCCUUGCUAUCCUUAUGUUCAUCUGCAAAAUGAAACUGAGAAAGCCAGCAGUGAUUUACAUGUUAAACCUGGCCAUCGCCGACUUGCUGUUUGUGCUCCUCCUCCCGUUUAAGAUCUCCUACCACUUCUGCGGCAACAACUGGGGAUUCGGACCAGUCAUGUGCAGAAUCGUCACCGCCGCAUUCUACUGCAACAUGUACUGCUCAGUUCUGCUUAUGAUGUGCAUAAGCAUUGACCGGUUCUUGGCUGUGGUUUACCCCAUGCAAUCUCUGACAUGGCGCAGCCGGGAAAACGCAGCUGUAGUGUGCUUAUUCAUGUGGUGUCUCGCCAUCGGCGGGGUCAUUCCUAUUGUUCUGUCGGAGCAGACGGCAAAGAUACCGGAGCUAGGCAUCACCACCUGCCAUGACGUCUUGGAUAUCUCUGAGUUUAAAGGCUACUAUCUUUACUUCUUUCCCAUUUUCUGCUUCAUUUUCUUUUUCAUUCCCAUGAUAAUUACAACCGUGUGCUACAUCCGCAUCAUCCAGUGCCUCAACUCGACCAACGUGGCCAACAAGUGCAAGAAGACCCGUGCGAUCUUCAUGACAGUCACCGUCUUAACCGUCUUCAUUGUUUGCUUUGUGCCAACCAACAUCAUUUUGCUCACUCACUACCUGCAGUUUGCUCAUGGGUACAAUGAGACGUCUUAUUUUGCCUAUCUCCUCUCCAUGUGUCUCGGCAGCUUGAGCUGUAGUUUGGACCCCCUGAUUUACUACUUUGGUUCCUCGCAGUGCCAGAGGCAGCUUCACAACCUUCUCUGCUGUAAAAAUGAGACCGACACGGCUAGCGGCACGAAGUAUGAAAGCAGCAGCAAAAUGGAAACCUUCUCGAGCAACCUUAGCAGCCAGUAUAAAAAGCUGAUGGCUUGAAAUAUGAUGUUUCAGUGUUACUGCCCCACAGAUGUGUUACCAGAAUUACAGUACAUUUGUUUGGAAUAUAAUGUUGUAAAGAAAGACUUCACCCCCUGUAAAAUACUUUGAAAGGUGAAUAUUAAUAUGAAUACGAAUGCAAUGCCAUUUAGGGAAGUGUGAAAAUAUUGAAGACCGGGGGUUUUCACUGUGAGGAGAAGUAUAUUACUAGUGAGGCACACUCUGCCUGUUCCGCUGUAUUAAUAUACAGUUAUAACAGUCGGCUAGUUAGAUCAGGUAAACAUAUUUCCCAUUACAAAAUCUGAAUAAUAAAAAUGAUAUCCUCAAUUGAGAGAUACUGUAUUCCCUGCAAAAAGUCUGAAGGUGUUUUUGUGUGUGUGGGGGGGGGGGGGGAUAGGGUGGGGUUAAAGCACUAAUGAAAAAACUUUCCCUGCUUUCCAUGUUUACUGUCCUUUCCCGUCCUAAUGAACUGUUUUGUGGACCCUUGUUUGAGGUGUAUUAUAAGCUUGUCUCUGAGCUUGUCAAUAACCUUUCUGAAAAUGAGGGAGGCAGUGAAGCAAGUAUAAGGCCUCUUUGUGCUCCGUCACACUGAGAUCAGGCCUCUUUGUGCUCCGUCACACUGAGAUCAGGCCUCUUUGUGCUCCGUCACACUGAGAUCAGGCCUCUUUGUUCUCCGUCACACUGAGAUCAGGCCUCUUUGUGCUCCGUCAAACUGAGAUCAGGCCUCUUUGUGCUCCGUCACACUGAGAUCAGGCCUCUUUGUGCUCCGUCACACUGAGAUCAGGCCUCUUUGUGCUCCGCCACACUGAGAUCAGGCCUCUUGUGCUCCGUCACACUGAGAUCAGGCCUCUUUGUGCUCCGUCACACUGAGAUCAGGCCUCUUUGUGCUCCGUCACACUGAGAUCAGGCCUCUUUGUGCUCCGUCAAACUGAGAUCAGGCCUCUUUGUGCUCCGUCACACUGAGAUCAGGCCUCUUUGUGCUCCGUCACACUGAGAUCAGGCCUCUUUGUGCUCCGUCAAACUGAGAUCAGGCCUCUUUGUGCUCCGUCACACUGAGAUCAGGCCUCUUUGUGCUCCGUCAAACUGAGAUCAGGCCUCUUUGUGCUCCGUCACACUGAGAUCAGGCCUCUUUGUGCUCCGUCCACUGAGAUCAGGCCUCUUUGUGCUCCGUCACACUGAGUCAGGGACAAAGCAGGCAAGAUCAGAAUCAGAUGAUUCCACAAGCUUAAAAACAAUUAUAAUUUCAAUGACAAAGUGAAUGCCACAGGGAAAACAAUAGUUUCCAAGCUAUUAAAAGUUAGGUAAUUAGUUUCUUAAAAGGUAGUUCAUACACACCUAAAAAAACAAAAAUAUUUUCUGCAUAUUAAGCUUUUUGUAUAUGUAAUGCAGUUAACCUGCUUUAUGGGUCUGGCAACUCUUUUAUGUAUUGUUUGGAGCCCCUUUCACACUGGCACUCCUUCCUGGGUCCUGACCCAUGUUCUGGCUACCCGGGUCACAAUUCCGUGUGGUGUGAAACCACGUACCCGUGAACGUUGCUGCUUCCGAGGCAUCGCGUACACACAUUGUGUACUUGCUUCUGUCACCCAGGUCGACCCAGCUUCUUCAAAAAGCAGUGUGAAAUCACGUAGCUGACCCGCAUGGCACCGGGUCCGACCCAGGUAGAUAGAGCAUGCCAGUGUGAAAGGAGUUUAGCCAUGGCAUUUCAGUUUCCAUGGACUUCUGUCACCACUCUGUACCAUACAUAUCAGUUGGUCUGAUGUUUGCAUUAUUGUUACUAGCAUGAUAAACUGUUUUAGUAGUCUGUAAACAUAAAUCAUUCCCUUCCUAGAGAUAUUCACCUCAUAGUUCUAUGUAUUAAUGCAUGAGUGGGGUUCAUUCACUGAGUAAUCAGUGCAUGUAGGAGAUCCACUAUAGAGAUCAUAUUUCAUUACUCUGUUAUUGUUACAACUUGGCAUAUUUUAGUGGCAUUCUUCAAACCUGUAAUCAAGUAAUAUGGAAGUAGUUUGUAUUCUGUGGCGAUAGUGUGAAUUUGUAGGUUUUUCUCUCAAGGAAAUGUAGGCAGUUCUCCAAGGUUUUUUUGCAAAUGUUUAGCAACAAACGAGUGAGACUUUUUUUUUUGUUAUUUAUAAAUUUAGUCGUUGCCAAUUAUUUUUAUGAUUUUCUCCCAAUUUGGAAUCACCAAUUAUUUUAUUAUGCUCAGCUCACCGCUACCACCCCUGCGCUGACUCGGGAGGGCGAAGACGAACACACACUGUCCUCCGAAGCGUGUGCCGUCAGCCGACCGCUUUUUUUCACACUGCGGACUCGCCAUGCAGCGACCCAAGAGCUACAGCGUCGGAGGACAACGCAGCUCUCGGGAAGCUUACAGGGAAGCCCGCAGGCGCCCGACCAGACUACAGGGGUCGCCAAGCCGAGGACACCCUGGCUGACCUAACCCUCCCUCCCCCCAGGCGGCGCUCGGCCAAUUGAGCGCAGCCCCCUGGGAGCUCCCGUCCAUGGUCAGCUGUGGAAUAGCCUGGACUCGCGACGUCCAGACCAUAGAGCGCAUCCUGCACUCCACGUGGAGCACCUUUAUUGGAUGCGCCACUCGGGAGCCCUAGACAUUUUAUUUUAAUGUUUUUAUUCUUUGAAGUAAAAAAAAAAAAAAAAAAAAUUAAACAGCGAAAAUAUACGACCUAGGUCCUUCGUGUCAACAAAAAACCAAUGUGUGUUUCAUAUUUGUUUGUCUGCUACUCUCCAGAUUAGUACUGAGGAGUUGUAAUAUUUUAUUGAUUAGUUGUACAGUUUGUUUUGUAUUUUUUAUGUUUUUUUAUUGUAAACUCCAGUAUGUAUAAAACCACUUUGUAUGUUAAGUAAAUUGUAUUACAUUAUCUUCAGUAUAUAUGUAUAUAAUUAAAGUGCAUAUUAUUGAAAAAUGA